GGGAUGUUGAAUGGACGAAUGUUAGAUCAGAUAAUGAUAAUUCAUUAUUCAGUUGCCUCCCUCGUCUCAAAUAACCAUACCUGCUCCACCGUGUGCCCUUUUUGCAUGAGGCAGUGAAUAGACACAGAGGAGCCCUCAUUGCGUAUUGUAUAUAUUGUACCUCUCGGGAGGGGUUUCUCGGCCAUUAGGUUGUUUGUCACUCGCAGCUUUCCCCGGGUUUCGGAGCCUUCUAGGCUGUUUGCUUUUUCUCUCCGGCUUCCCACGCUUGUUUCCCUCUCAAGUCUUCCUGGAGAUAUAAACACACGCCAAACAGUCAAGAUGUCGACUCAAAGAGUUUUUGCCAGCGUCCUCCCGAGACUAAGGGUUGCCUCCAGCAAGAAUGCGACAACUUCCCUUGCACAACAGGCACAACAGCUCCGGUGCUACAGCAGGCCGACCGCCACCUUGAGACCUUCCGGUCCGGCCCGGUCCUCGGUGCUCUCCUCCGCCGCUGCCUCCGCCCCUCGCCGUGUAUGUGUACCGGCCACAUCCUCCGCUCAACCUCGCACCUUGUCCACCUCAGCCUCACUUUUCCAUGGUCACGUCGACACCCCAAAGCCAGGUGAAGAGCUUUGGGUAACCUUCAUCGACAAGGAGGGUGUUGAGACUAAGAUUGCCGUUUGCAAGGGCGACAACCUCUUGGAUAUUGCCCAGGCUCAUGAUUUGGAGAUGGAGGGUGCCUGUGGCGGUUCCUGCGCCUGCUCGACAUGCCACGUCAUUGUUGAGGACCCUGACUACUACGACAAGAUGCCCGAGCCGGAUGAUGAUGAGAACGACAUGCUCGAUCUUGCCUUCGGUCUUACUGAGACCAGUCGGCUGGGCUGCCAGGUCAUCAUGACUCCCGAGCUGGAUGGCCUCCGGGUCAAGCUCCCCUCCAUGACAAGGAACCUUCAGUCGAGCGACUUCAACUAAGGCCUGCCAAUAUAUAUUGCAUUCUCCGGAUUAUCGUUUCUUGGUCGGCGUUGCGGCAGCGAUACACGGGCAUAGUUGUUGAAGAUAGAUACCAAAAGCAUAGGGGGUUGGCUAGUGCGUUUUCCGCGCAAUAGCUCACGAUGUAACUGAUGACAAAUCUUGCGGCUCCGGGAUGGUCUGGGAAUCUCUUGCUCUGAUCGAGCAUGUGUACAUGUAAAAUAGUAGUAAGGCAUCCUAUACUGGGGCCAUGUGUAAAUAAGAUGUAACCUCUGCUCUAUAAGCAGUAGAACACCCCUCUGUCUCCCCAACAUCUGUAAUGGAGAGAUC